AUGCAAGAAGUAUGCGAGAAUAGUAGUAUUUGGGAAAUCAUACAUGGUAUAUUAGUACUUUGGACUCCAUAUUCAUGGUUAGGUAUCAUAUAUAAUAAUAUACACUAUUGUUUUCUGUUGAUUUUGUUUAUAUUUGGUUGUAUAACUUUAAUAUUCGACAGUUACACAAUAGAAUAUAAAUCAGCUGAUGAAGCUCAAACAAAAUCAAAUGAAUUCAAAAGUAAUAUUAUCUUGGAAUCUAUCAAAGAUGAACCCUUUAAUGAAACUACUACUAGAAUAAACCCACAAUUUUUUUUAAAUGAAUUAACUAUAAAACUAUCCAAUAGUGUUAAUUUUGAUGAUAUUAGGGUUUUUAUUAUUUCACAGUUAAUAAAUUUCUUUCCAGAUUAUCCCUGUAAAAUAAGUUCUCAAUUUUUAGAUAUUAUUUAUAAAAAAAUUUUUACUUUAAGAUCUACUACAUUAAAGGUGAAUGAUAUAGAAUUACUUGGUCAGAGUAUGAUAUGUCAAUUGGGAAUAGGAAGGAACACAAUUAAGUGGUGUUAUGAAAAUAUAAGUAGAUCUUACUCAUUUAGUUUGUCUAAUAAUAUGAAGAAAUUUUUAGAUGAGGAAAUUAUAAGAAUACAAAGGGUUAUUAAUAGAGAAAGGCUAGAGUUAAUAGAUGCAAUAAAACAAAAUAUUUUGGUAUCAGUUUGGAGAUUAUUAUUUGCAUUAGAGACAAUUGUAUCUAUUGCAGGGUAG